GUUUAAUCUAGUAAACGUUUGCAUAUAUUUUCAAUGACUGUUUGUUUGUUAAAACUUUUGCCAACCUCUGCCAAGCUAUGUGGCUAAAUCCCUAUUGUCGCGUUUUUAUUGGCGCUGCAAAUCAAACAGCAUUAGUGCCAAUCGAUGCUAAUGCGAGAGCUUUAGCCACGCCAAACUAUAAAACUAAGCAAAAGCAAACAAGUGCCUGCCAAUUAAAUGCUGCGAAAUUCAACCAACCGCAGAUUGCUAAACCUCUUAAGGGUCUUUUCAACUACCAGCAAGCGCACAGCUGUGCAACCAAUACUAAUGCAAUUAAUGAGUAUUCAUUAUCAACUAUAGAUAAUGCAUGCAGCUGCCAGCUCUGCUCGUCCUUGGACCUUGGCGCAGUAUUGCAAGCAAAGCGCUUCAUUGCCGAAGCUGUCAGCUCAGCGCUUUUGACCAACCGACAGCUGAAGUUGCAACAAAGUUUUUAUCUAAUUGAUCUAAUGCAUUGGCUCUUUGUCGUACUCUGCCUCAGUGGCAUGAUCUGAGUUCGGAAAAUUCAAAUUGUUAAUCAAAUCAAAGUGUGCAAAGCCUAAACUUGAUUUGUUUGUUGCGCCUAAUCAAAUUGCAAAACUCGCAAGUUUCCAAAGUGCAGCUGUGCUAAUUCAAUAAAUUUCUAAUAAAUCAAUUAAAGUAAAAAUAUGCU